CACAAGUAGAAGGUGUGUGCUUUUCAUCAGGUAGUUACCUUUUUUCUUUUUUUUUUUGGGCGAAAUAAAGCCAGCAUGGAAUCCUCAAGAACACUUUACACUCGUAAAUCUGCAAUAUAAUGGCUCAGGUUGGACCUUAAGAUAAGUAGCUGUUUCAGAUUUAGGAAAACAAGGAAGGAAAAUGUCGACUUCCUGUAAUAUAAAAGAGGUUUCAUGGAGCAAAUCAGAGGGAUCUUUGCUUGACUUGGAUGAUGGGAACCCUCCAAGAAGGAGUGAUUGGACAGAUGGUAAAGAAAAUGAAUUGGAUCUGAAGUUCCAUUGGCCUGGAGAAUAUAAGCAAGAUGCUCCUAGUGCAUUUAAAACAAAUCCUUUUUGGAAUGAACUGUCUGCAUCCAACCCUUUUCUAGAUGAUGUAGCUCAGUCAAGCAACAGAGAAAAAAAUAACAAGCGCAUCUCUAUCUUAAAAGAAGACCCUGACUUAUUUUUCAGAGAUUCAAAUAACAGGAAUUCUGCUGCUUCAUCUGGAGAUGAAUUAAAUAUUGACUAUCUUUUUCUUCGCAAAAUGUCAAAGAGAUCUGCAAAAUAUAGGAGUGCUUCAGAUCUUUUGGAUAUUGUAGGUGUCAAGACAUUUGAACUUCCUCAUACAUCUAGCCAUAUACUACCUCCAGAAAAUGACUCUCUUCAGACUGAUCGUGAAGCCUAUAAGACAGCAUGGCUGAAUCAACGGCAGCUGGCCCGUUCUUGUCUGGAUCUGAAUGUGAUAAAUCAGAGUCCAGGAUGGGCACAAACCCAAUCUAUAGAAACCCAUAUAAUGUGUAAAGUGAACCACGAAGGUAGCUCAGUUCAGCUUCCUGAUUCAGAUAUUGCUGUUCAUUUCCCUGAAGGUCACGUUGCAUUCGGAGAAUUCCAAGAGGUUGGCUUACAGACUAUCCUUGACUCUCCACCAUCACUUAACCAUGAGUUUUCGACCACUGUGAGCCCAUUGAUUGAACUUACAUUAAGUAACCUCAAUACAACAGAAGCCAUUUUAUUAGAAAUGAAAAUUGCAGCUGAAGUGAAGAAGGACCCCUUUAGUCAGGUUAUGGCUGAAAUUGUAUGUCUCUGUGGUUUCACUAAAGAAGGACCAUUUGAAAAAAUUGACAAUUGUUACAUUUAUAAAGAUAUGAUACAAGUGAAGCUGACCGACCUAAGUCACCUGAUGUAUAUUGUGACUGUAGCCCAGACAAAUACUGUCAAUUCUCCUUCUGCAAGUGUUUGGGAAUAUAUUCACAGAAAACUUUCAGUUGGCAUUUAUGGACCCAAACAUAUCCACCCAUCCUUCACUGCUGUAUUUGCCCUGUUUAGCCACAACUAUGUUCCAGAAAAGCUCACAGUGUCUGAUAUUAAAAAGGGUGGAAAGAGUAUGCCCCCAGUGGUUUUCCAGAUGUGGGGAAAGCAUACAUUUGUGCUUGAGAAGCCACAAGAUUUGAACAUUUUUAUGGCCUCAUGUGACCCUGAUUUUGAAGUGAAGGAAGAAGAGCAUAGGAAAGAAAUUAAAGAAGGAAUGCUGAAAGGAGGUGGUAAGGUGAUUCACCAACACUUCCCAUUUUCUAUAGUCAAUGCAAGGAAGAUACAUCUGUUUGUCUUCCGUGUUCAAGUUAAAGUCCCAAACAACAACCUGGUAUGCCAGUUCUACAUUACAACUCCCGAACCAGCUCCAAAGCCAUUAACUGAUGUCUCUAACAAGCCAAACCGAUUAGAAAAACGCAAAGAGAUCAAGUCUGCACCUUUGCUGUCUGUGCCAACAAUUAAAUACCCCCUCUUUCAAGAAAAGCCAGUACAUGUUACCAGCUAUGGUGUAGCUUUGAAAACAGUGUUACGUCAAAGUAAAAUUGACUAUUUGCUGGAGUACUUUAAAGGGGAUACAAUAGCACUUCUUGGUGAAGAUAAGGUAAAAGCCAUAGGACAGGCUAAAAUAAAAGACUGGUAUGUGGGAAUUCUUAGAAGAAAGGUUGGCCUUGUACAUUGCAAAAAUAUCAAAGUAAUUGCCAAAGACCAAGCUAUAGAUAUUGAGGAUAGUACAAUCACAACCCAAAACCUCCUUGAACAAAUCACAUUGCCAUUUAGAAAACUGACUUACAUCUAUUCAGCCAUCUUAUCCACUGUGUCAGAGAAAAUGUAUGACUGGAAAGCUUUGGCUGAUGCCCUUGGAUUUUCCCAUAUGUCACUGGAUGAUUUCACUGAGCUGCAAGCCGAGAAAGAACCUGAAAAAGUAGCCUAUGUUGUGAAGAAGCUGAAAGAAGUUUGUCACACUAAUAGAAGCACGAGGCGUUUCCUGUAUGAGCUUUCUGUUGCACUUCUGAAGCUGGAUUGCCAAGGAUUACUAGCACGCAUUACCCAGGACACGGUCAUUUUUACUUCAGCUGUAAAGCUUGGGAAAGGCUGGAGAGAGCUGGCAGAAAAAUUAGCCCGACUCACCAAACAACAAAUUGAAGCUUAUGAAAUCCCCCACCGGAAUAAAAGUGGAGAGGUGCCUCCAGAGAUGAUGUGGAAACCGGCAUAUGAUUUUCUGUACACUUGGGGAGCUCACUAUGGUGACAGCUACCGAGACAUGUUGCAAGACCUACAGUCUUCGUUGGACAAAAUGAAAAACCCCGUGACCAAACAGUGGCGAGAAUUAACUGGGGCUCUAAUUCUGGUGAACAGCAUGGAGGUCCUGCGUGUAUCUGCUUUCUCCAGGAUAUAUGAAGAAUAAAAUUCUGAUUAGGAAAGGUGCUCUAUAAAUUAUCUGACUGAAACUCAAAGCUUUUGAACUGGGGGACUGGCCUUAAGGACCAUUUAAUGUCUUUAUCUGAGAAACGUCACCCUAUUGUGGGUGAUUUUUAUUGGCUACAACUUUUUAAAAUUGUCAUUUAUUUUUCAAGCAGUACCUUUUUUUUUUUUUUUAAACUGAUACCUAUGUACAUAACACAGCAUGUCUUGAAAGCUGUUUGCAUCCAGCAGUCGCGACUUGGAACACUUUUGCAACCGGCUGCAGGAUAAUACUUUGGAACUACAGCAGUGGAGGAUUACAAAUUGGGAAGCAAAGUUGCACACACUACUUAUUAGGUAGUUUUUCCUUAGAAAUUGUUCCUUACAUCU